AGGUCUGGUUUCUCAGAAAGUCGGCCUAAAGCUUUAGCGUUAGCAGUAGGUGUCCCCCCGAAAAGGCUCCUCCAUUCCAUCUGCAUCUUCUGGGGUUGGUCCACUUUGACUCUUCCGACUUUUACGUCCUCUAACAACUAUCUGGCAACUUGUUGCUGUCAUGAAGUUGUGAUUUGGUCUGCUCCGUUUCCUUGGCUCCCUCCCCUGUAGGAAUGUCUCCUGUGGCAGAGGCUCCUCCUACUCUGGGAAGGGGGCGAAGGGCCAUGAGGGAGGGAUGAGACUUGAGGAGGAAGGAGCUCACAGUCGUCUUCUUCUCUCUCCAACCAUCUGCUUCUCAGAUGGUCCUCACUGAGCGUGCUCACUGAGGGCUGAAAACUGCGCAGUACUCUUCUUCUUCAUCAUCUUCAUCCACUUCACCAUGAAAGUCCUGCUGCUCUGGGCGAUCUUCGCCAUGUGCGCGGUGCUCGUCUGCUGCCGUCAAGACGUGGAGGAGACGUCGCCAGGCGGGGGAGGCCUUCAGGUGAGGGAGGUCGGAGAGCUGGCCGAGCGGCGCCGACCGGGGGAGGAAGGUGAAAGGUCAGAUGAGCCGGCUGCACCGGUGGACGCAGAGCGGAGCAAACCAAAGAAAAAGAAAACGCCACAGGAAGUGGAGGCAGCCAAAGCUAGGAAGGCGGCGGAAAAGGAGGCCAAAGCAAAGAAGCAGAAAACCCCAAAACCCACCAAAAAGCCCAAAGCUCCAAAGCCCACUAAGAAGCCCAAGCAACCCAAAGCCACCAAGAAACCCAAGACGCCCAAAGCCACCAAGAAACCCGAAGCGGCGCCCACGGAGCAGCCCGAGACGAGGCCGCUGACGGAACCCAGCCGGGAGACGACAACCAGUCAUGUGACCACAGUGCAGCCAAAGUGGGAGGAGCCUGAAGAACCAGACCUGGUUAGGGCCAACCCAGAUAAGAAGCAGCUGACAACUCCCGAAGUCAUCGUGUACGUUCCAGAGGAGACCACCGGCGUGCCCUACGUGGGACCCUGGUACGAAGAGUACGACUAUGAUGACCUUUCCAAGAAGAAGCAAGAGGAGGAGGAGCGUGAGAGGGAGCUGGCUCGCAAGGAAAAGGCUGAAAAAGCCGAGCGACUGAGGAAGAAGUGGGAGGAGGAGGAAGAGGAGCGACUCAAACAGAUUUCACAGCCGCCGGAACCCAAAAAGUGUCCUCCUCUGGGCUUGGAGUCUCACCGUGUGGACGACGACCAGCUGCUGGCCUCCUCUCAGCUCCAUCAUGGCUUCACGGCUCAGAGGGGCAGACUCAACAUGCAGGGUUCGGCCGAUGAGGAGGAUCUUUACGGGGGUGCGUGGUGUGCAGAGCCUGAGGAGACCAACAGCUGGUUUGAGGUGGACGCCCGACGAGAGGUGGAGUUCACGGCCGUCAUAACGCAGGGACGAAACUCCGAGCAGCUCGAGGACUUUGUGUCGUCCUACUUUGUGGCCUUCAGCAACGACAGUCGCGAUUGGACCGUUGUUCACGAUGGCUAUGCUGAGUGGCUGUUCUACGGAAACGUGGACAAGGACACCCCCGUCAUGAACCAGUUUUCUUGGCCCGUGGUGGCGCGAUACCUCCGCAUCCUGCCUCAGAGCUGGAAUGGCAGCUUGUGUCUCCGGGCCGAGGUUUUGGCCUGUCAACUUCCCGGUCAGUACGACACACAAACAAACAAUCUUCUAAGCGGCCAUGCAAGACCACGCGUCCACCUUCCAGGUAGCCACCAUAGCGAGAAUGACGUGAGGUCCUCAGAUGAGCUGGACUUCAGACAUCACAACUACAAGGACAUGAGACAGAUGAUGAAGGUGAUAAACGAGGAGUGUCCCAACAUCACCAGAAUCUACAACCUUGGUAAAAGUUCUCAGGGCCUGAAGAUGUAUGCUAUGGAGAUCUCCGACAAUCCUGGCGAGCAUGAGCUAGGAGAACCAGAAUUCCGUUACACAGCCGGUCUUCAUGGUAACGAGGCCCUGGGCCGCGAGCUCCUCCUCCUGCUGAUGCAGUUCCUUUGCAAGGAGUACAAGGAUGAAAAUCCUCGAGUGCGUCGCCUGGUGGAUGGAGUUAGAAUCCACCUGGUGCCGUCUCUCAACCCUGAUGCGUACGAGCUGGCGUACGAGGCGGGUUCCGAGAUGGGGAACUGGGCUGUGGGCCAUUGGACUGUGGAAGGCUACGACAUCUUCCAGAAUUUUCCAGACCUGAACAGCAUCUUGUGGGGGGCGGAGGACCGAGGCUGGGUCCCUCGUAUUGUACCAAACCAUCACAUUCCCAUGCCAGAGAACUUCCUCAAUGGAUCGCUUGCUGUGGAAACCCAAGCCAUAAUUUCCUGGAUGGAGCGUAACUCCUUCGUGCUGGGGGCUAAUUUGCAAGGUGGAGAAAAGCUGGUCACGUACCCGUAUGACAUGCAGCGUCCGCAGAUUUCGUCGAGUGACAGCAGGCGCUGGAGGGGCACGGCCGAGAUGAGCGAGGACACGUGGGCCCGCAUCCAGCAUCAGAACGAGGGCGCCCUGAGAGAGACGCCCGACGACGUGAUGUUUCGCUGGCUGGCCAUGUCGUAUGCCCACAGUCACCUGACCAUGACCGAGACUCACCGAGGCUCUUGUCACGGAGACGACAUCACUCGGGGCCAGGGCAUCGUCAACGGUGCCAGCUGGAAGCCCGUGGUGGGCAGCAUGAAUGACUUCAGCUACCUGCACACCAACUGCUUGGAGCUCUCCAUCUUCCUGGGAUGUGACAAGUUCCCGCACGAGAGCGAACUUCCUCUGGAGUGGGAGAACAACCGCGAGGCUCUGCUGUCCUUCAUCGAGCAGGUCCAUCGGGGGAUAAAAGGUGUGGUCAAAGACGUGGAAGGCAACCCGCUGGCCAACGCCACCAUAUCGGUGGAGGGGAUACGCCAUGACAUCGUAGCUGCUGCGGGUGGCGACUACUGGCGUCUGCUGAAUCCUGGGGAGUACCGUGUAACGGCGAAGGCGGACGGCUACACGCCUCAGACAAGACUGUGCAUGGUGGGCUACGACUCUGGGGCCACUUCCUGCAGCUUCACCUUAGCCAAGUCGAACUGGGACCGCAUCAAAGAGAUCAUGGCGCUCAACGGCAACAGGCCCAUCCGCGUGGUCACCAAGACCAGCGAGGUGAAGGCUACAGCGGCUAGCAACACGGCGGGGGCCGCGAGCGCCGUGCCUACAGAAGACGAUCACGCCGCCGCACAGAGAGCGGAGCGACUCCGUCGUCUGCGAAUCCUGCGUCUGCGUCGCCUGCGUCUACAGAGGCAACGAGCCGGCCUCGGCACCAAGCCUGCUACCACCACCACGCCAACAACCACUACGACCACCACCACCACCACUACACGCAACACUGAGACCACCACUUCCUGGUAUGACUCCUGGUUUCCUGUGGACAACUGGUCCACUGAAAACCCAUUUGACAGCAUCAUCUUUGACUCGGUGCCCACUCAGGACUACCCCUUUGAAUUCACCAUUGACUGAAAGAGCGACCCAACAUGUCUAGACUAGCUUCCAGGACCAGGAAGUCCUCUUAAGUCAACAUGUUUAAGGACUUUCACCUUCUGAAUUAACCGCUGUAGCACCGACGUGUGGCGCUAGGUGUCAUCUCAUGCAGGAUUCAUGACUUUGUAUCAAUUAUUGUUGCAAGCAUCCAGUGGACACAAGAAUGCUAGAAUGGAGCGUUCGUAGUACAAUAUGGAGUUCCUGAUACAUGAAGUGUACUAGAAGAAGACCGUGAACGACGCUUCCCAACACAGAAGCCGUGGAGGAGAAACUGGUUCUGGUGUCCCGUGUUCAAAUAUGCUGUAAAUGGCUUCCACGUUCAAUAAAUAAACACAUCGAGAACAAAUAGACUUCUAAAAAAUGGCGACUUAAAGAGGU